AUGGAAGGUCUUUUCGAGGAGUUCCGCAAUGCCUACAAAGCCAGGUCUGGCUACUCUCUUGCACAAACGCUCCAGCCCUUCAGCCCAGUCAACAAGCCCGACAAGCUUCGGUCCAUCUACCUGAGCACCAACAUCCAAGAAGCCAAGGCGGACGUCAAGUACAUGCUCUUGGGUCGCGGCUCAGGGUCUAAGAAACUCAAGCUCGACCACGAGGAGACCAACGGCUGGGUGGAAGUCUACACGGCGUACUGGAAGGCCAUUGGCGAGAUCCUUAAAGUGGAAGGCGACUCCAGUGCUGGAGGUAGGUCAUCAUCAUGGACAAAAGUGUAUGAGGCGUGGAAAGAGCUCACCACUGCUCUCAUCCGGGGCUACACGAACUAUGGAUUCGAGGCCUGGACCAUCCCUUGUCUCUACACUGCAGGCAAGCACCUGCGACUUUUCGCCAUCAGCUCGGACGAGGAGCGCAACACGACGGACGCUGCCGCCAAUGCUAUGGAGCUGGGUGACGACUUCGACCCAGAUCUGGAGAAGCAGAAGCAGCUCCGUGACUGCGAGCAACAACUCAAGCGCAUUUUCACAUUGUGCUUGAGUGACAGAGCACCUCUUGAAGAUUCGAGAAAGUGGGCCAUCUACUUCGUCAUCAACCUUCUGUUCAAGACAUACUUCAAACUCAACUCCGCCAGUCUUAGCCGGACGAUUCUCAAGGCUUUGUCUACCAACCGCGGGGACAUGCCCCCGUUGGAGGCGUUUCCCAAGUCCCAGCGGGUUACGUUCAAGUUUUACGAAGGCGUGCUUUUCUUUCUUGAGGAGAACUACGUCGAGGUGAUGUUACCAAGUGACCAGGCCCUCUCAAAUAGAAAUCUGACAAUGUACAGGCUGAGAAACAUCUCACCGAGGCAUGGACGCCAAGAGCAAUCAAGAGCUAGUCAUCCAGAUGAUUCCCGUAUCACUAAGACAAUCACUAACACCCGCCGCAGGAGAAUCCUCACCUACUUGAUCCCCUGCCAUCUUCUCACCACUCACACCCUCCCGAGCAGCAAACUCCUGGAACCUUUCCCUCGCCUGCAGAAGCUCUUCCUUCCGCUGUCGCGUUGUAUCCGCACGGGCGACCUGCGCAAUUUCGACCUGGCUCUCCAGGAAGGCGAGGAAGAGUUCGUACGCCGCAGGAUCUAUCUCACCCUAGAACGCGGUCGUGACAUCGCCCUGCGCAACCUCUUGCGCAAGGUCUUCAUCGCCGGCGGCUUCGAAGAGGCCAAAGAGGCCGGCGCGGCCCCAGUCCGUCGGACCAGAGUCCCUGUCGCCGAGUUUGCGGCUGCGAUUAGCCUAGGCAGCCAGGAGAGCGUGGAUCCGGACGAGGUCGAGUGUCUGCUUGCCAACAUGAUUUACAAGUCGCCUCGCGCGGCCAGUCGGGCGAAAAGGGGGCUUGGGAAUUCACAUUCUGUCCGCAUUUCAUGCCGUCAUGAAUUUCUUCAGCUGCCAUUUAGGCAACAUCAUUACGAGGAUGAUGAAGUGCAACUUGGGCAGCUGAGCAUCAACCUCAUGAAAGGCUAUAUCGCCCGCGAACGCGGGAUUGUCGUCCUGUCCAAGAACGGAGCGUUCCCCGGAACAGGGGUAUAG